AUUCACUAUUAUCAAAUAGGAAAUGGGCAUAUAUAGACAACAUGAUUUGGUAGUAUAAUCCGGACCAAGUUGAAAAGACUUUAAUGAUUAGUACUUUGUUAUUUACUUUUCAUUUUAUUACAUGCGUUUAUUUCUUGUUAGCAAUGAUGAGAUGCUAAUGUUACCUUUUCCUCAUUCCAUCAUGCAUGUGCUUUCCCUUUAAAGUGUCGGAUCACUUUCGUCAUUUGGUAUGAUGGGGGAAGAGGAAGAUGGAAUGGCACCCAGACCUUCGACGUCGGCUUCGCAGUCAUUAAUGACGUCCCAAAAUACAUUUGGAGAUCCAAAUGAUGUCCUGGAUAAUUUGUACCCUCCGAAUUCGAGUAAUCCGGAGUACUUCCAGCAACAAUUUUCUGCAUUCCCAGAAUCUUCAAAAAAUGUUGGUUGUACAUUUUAGGAUGCUGCUGAUGGUAUUACUCGUAAUUUUGCUUUCACUUUAAUGACACUAAUAUUGAUUUGUAACUAAACCACUAACAUUUCUUCUAUGUAUAGAAAUGUUAUUUGACAUAAAUGAAGAUUUAUAGGGUACCACUAUUGUCCCGGAUGAUGAGGUACGGGUCGAAACACCAAGGGCCGGCAUGGAAUUUGUUAGUGAGAAUGAGCUUAUGGCCUAUUAUAAGAAAUAUGCCAAGCAAGAGGGGUUUGGUGUAAGGACACAGAGGACCAAGAGAGAUGAUGAAGGGAGAUCCGUGUAUGUUACUAUUGGUUGUGCCCGUGGCAGAAAAUACCAACCUAAGAACAUUAAUAUGUCAAAGCCACGUGCGACAACCAAAACAGAUUGUAAAGCAAAGAUAAAUGCGACGUUGAACAAGAACGACAAAUGGGUUAUCACUAAAGUUGAAAGUGCACACAACCACAUUACGGUCAGCCCGAAGAAGACAAGACUCUUGCGAUCUCACAGGCAUCUAGAUGAGCACAGUCAGAGGAUCCUCGACCUCAAUGAUAGAGCUGGUAUUAGAAUGAAUAAGAACUAUUUUUCUCUUGUUGUUGAGGCGGGUGGUUUUGAAAAUCUAGAGUUUCAAGAGAGAGAUUGUCGGAAUUUCAUUGACAAAUCUAGACACUUAAGAUUGGGUAAAGGAGGUGGUGAUGCCCUUUAUGCCUAUUUUCAAAGAAUGAGAAAGCAGAAUGACGGCUUCAUUUCUUCCAUGGAUGUUGAUGAUGAUGGAAGGUUACGGAAUGUUUUUUGGGCUGAUGCGGGGAGUCGAGCGGCCUAUGAGUACUUCAGAGACAUUGUCACCUUUGAUACGACAUACCUAACAAACCGAUAUGGGAUGCCUUUCGCUCCAUUUGUUGGCGUUAACCAUCAUGGGCAUUCCAUACUACUAGGGGCGGGGUUGCUGUCGAGCGAGGACACACAGUCAUUUGUUUGGUUGUUCCGCACAUGGUUGGAUUGCAUGAAUGGUCAAGCGCCCAAAGCCAUCAUAACUGACCAAGACCGGGCAAUGAAGAACGCAAUCCAAAUUGUAUUUCCGGAGACCCACCAUAGAUACUGUCUAUGGCAUAUAAUGCGCAAACUCCCAGAGAAGUUAGGAUCUCACUCCCAUUUCAGCACGGGAUUGAAGACCUCGAUUCAGUCUGCAUUGUAUGAUUCUCAGACCUGCAUGAAAUUUGAGGAGAUGUGGGGUGAACUUCUUGAUAAGUAUGAUCUUAGAGGUAAUAAUUGGCUCAACUCGUUAUAUGAGGAAAGGAGUUAUUGGGUCCCCGUUUACUUGAAGGAUGUAUUUUGGGCGGGUAUGAGCACGACACAACGCUCAGAAAGCAUGAAUGCUUUCUUCGAUGGGUAUGUCCAUUCUGGUACCACCUUGAAGGAAUUCGUGGACCAAUUUGAUAAUGCUUUAAGAAAGAAGAUGGAGAUAGAGACGACGGCUGAUUUCAACUCUAGUAACCAAAUGAUCCCCUGCGUUUCCCCUUUCAAUUUUGAGAAGCAGUUUCAGAAGGUAUACACAAAUGCAAAGUUUAAAGAGUUCCAAAAAGAGUUGAUGGGCCUAAUGUGUUGUAAUUGCACACUGGUAAGCAAGCAAGGGUGCAUUUCAACCUUCGAUAUAUUUGAUGAAAUAUCUAUUCACGACUGCAACAAAAUUGUCCACUACACACUCUACUAUAACGAAGAGGAAUGUGAGUUAAAAUGCACGUGUGCAUUGUUUGAGAUGAGGGGAAUUUUGUGUAGGCAUGCACUUAAAGUUUUGCAUCUGUCCCGAAUUAAUGUGGUGCCAAAUAGAUAUGUCUUGGAUCGCUGGAGGAAUGACGAGAAAAGGACAUACACAUUGAUCAAAAGCAAUUAUGAUGAUGUGCGUGCCAGUGGAGAUUCACGGCGGUAUGAGAUGGUGGUUAAAAGAUGCAUGAAAUUAGCAACUAAAAUUUCCUCGAGUGAUGAGCGAGUCAAUGCAUUCCUGAAGGUUGUGGAUGACUUUGAUUCAAAAUGUGAUGAUGUAACAUUUGGGACAAGAUCCGAAUCAACGAAGGUUGGACCGACUGUUGAGACCGCGGACAAGGGUAAGAAGAUAUUAAGCCCCAAUGUGGUCCGAGGGAAAGGAAAACCCCCAAGUAAGAGAAAGGUUCCCCCUGUGGAGAAGAUUACAAGAAAGAGAAAGGCCUGCAGGAAAAUAUUGGAUGAUCAAACACAAUUGGGUGACACCGCGGCAUCUAAAUUCGUGGACCAAUCUACUGAUGGGGUUGGUGUUGGUGUUGGGACACAAACCAGCUCAGUCACACAAUUUUCACCAUCAGGCAAUCAGGAGGUCUUCGGCUAUUGGUUACAUGUGUAUUUGAAGAUCUUUUUUGUCCUUUAAAUGUUGACUUGUGUAAAGCUCAAUUUUUUUACAGCUCAAUUUCACUUCUUUCAGAUCUGUCGCGAUAAUUGACUUGUUGUUUUUGUGUCAAUCAUGGUAGUUGCUGUUUUUGUGUCGGUCAUGGUAGUUGUUGUUUUUGUGUUGGUCAUGGUAGUUGAUGUUUUUGUGUCGGUCAUGGUAGUUGAUGUUUUUGUGUCGGUCAUGGUAGUUUUGUAAACAAGGAUACAAAUCUGGUUUU